AUGUAUAAUUACACUUCGGUCCUCCUACUCCUAACUCUAUAUAAAUCGCCACUGUAUACGGCGCGAAGGCAGUUGGCGCAGGGCAAUUUCUCGAGGAGUCUGGGAGUGGAGAAGCUGGUAGAUGAACAGAGAAUUAUCGAGAAAUUAUUGGCUUACGACAAUGGAAAUGGAUACGAUUGGAGGCUGCGGCCGAAGGGAAGCCUUACUCCUGGGGCCGACGCACCUGUCGACAUUGUCGUCAACAUGUAUUUAAGGUAAGAAAAACUGAAUUUUUUGGGAGGAAGAUUGGAAUUUUGGAAAAAAAGUUUUUUUUUGAGAAUGCCGGGGAUAACGUCAGAAUUUGGAGUUAACUCCUAUUUUAAGCCUUUCUUACACAGUUAACACUUGUGCUCAUACAUUUUAUUUCAGAAGCAUAUCCAAAGUAGACGAUGUAAAUAUGGAAUUUGCCCUUCAUUUUACGUUUCGAGAGGAGUGGGUCGAUGAACGAUUACUCUUCUUCAGCCCCCAUCACAAACAUAUUGUGUUAUCUGGAGAUCAGCAUCAACGGAGGAAUACUAAAGGUGAGGUCCUAUAAAGUUCCUCCCUAUUUUAAAACCAUUUUUAAAACAACUGUUUCAAGGCUUAAAGUGGGAUUUUAAAUUGAAAAAUGAACAAUUAACCAGUCCAAAACUUGGGAUGAUGAUGUUUUUUUGACUCAAGUUUUGUUAUACCCGAUGGCUUAAUAAGACGUCCGACAUUUAGUUUGGACUCCCGACACAUUUUUUCAAAAUGAAAAGAAUGGCAAGAAGCACACGGUGGAUUUACCAAAUGUGAUGAUUAGGAUACAUAACGCUACUGCCAAAGUGUUAUAUUCAUGUCGGUAAGUGCCUUGUCACAGACUUAAAAAUGAUCGUCUAGGUCUAGCAGUUGAAGUGCUCCAAGAGCGACGCGUCGCGACGCUCAAUCCUAGAUGAAAUUUUACGCAAAUUUGGGCAACGUUUUUUAGGAUAUACCUCACAAAAAAUCCUUUUUCGCAUAAAUUGGUAGAGGUAUAGACAAAAAAUGUCUUCCUCUCUGGUCGCUCUCCGCGCUUAGCGUACUCUCACGGCCAUAAAGAUCGUUGAAUAUCUUGGUUGCGCUUGCAAAAAGAGAGCUAAAAUUUUUGGGAAUUGAAAUGUGGCCAAUGGGACCUCCCUCGCAUAUAAGAUUCUAUUUUUAUGUGUUCAGGAUGACUCUAACCCUCUCUUGCCCAAUGAAACUGGCCGCCUAUCCGCUGGACGUGCAGACUUGUUUCAUUGACUACGCCUCUUACGCCUACACAGCACAAGAGAUCAUGUAUCGAUGGAAAUUGGACGAUCCGAUUCAAAUAAAGCAUGGUCUUCAUCAAUCGCUUCCUUCUUUUACCCUCAGCGAGGUUAGGGUGGGAAAUUGCACCUCAGUCACUACUACUGGUAAUCGACAUUUGGUUGUAUUGAUUCGACGAAAUUUUCUAUUUUUGAUGACUUUAUAAUGCUCUUCUUUCAGGUACCUACAGUUGCCUCCGGACAAUUUUGAAACUGAAACGAGAAUUCAGUUACUACCUUCUACAGCUUUACAUACCCUCGUUUAUGCUGGUCUUGGUCAGCACAAUAUCAUUUUGGUUGAAUGAGGAGUCGGUGGCGGCGAGGAUAACGCUGGGUGUUACUGUGCUGCUCACGGUCACUACAAUGGUAUGGUUUAGGAAAAAAUAACUGAGGAACAAGAAUUGCAGGCAUCGGGAGUGAACGCAAAUCUUCCGCCAGUCAGUUACACCAAGGUAAGGGUAUAUUCCCAUGUGGCGAUCCUGAUAUAAAAUGCGCUGAGAUAUGUAGCGGGAAAUGAGGCAAAGGCUAGACAUACAUAUUUUUACAGUUUCGGAUGCCCAAAUUUACGGUAAUCUCUUAGAAAAUUUCGGAACUGAUGCGCCACUCGGACGAACUAUGGGCCGAAAUCUUCAAAAAUUGAGCUUUGACCUACAUAGUAGCUUGCCGUGACAAAUAAAGGCGAUUUAGCGAAAACUGCAUUACCGCAAGGAAAAAGAAAUUAUGUUCUGGGCACUAUGUAAAAUUUAACGGAACAUGAACGUCAAACCUUGGACUGUUUAUUUUAUCUUUCAUUCUUUGCGAUUUUUAUGAAUCUGCACGGAAAAUUUAGUAUGAUAAAUGUCAUCAAAAAUUAGAUGUUUCUUCAGAGUGUCGACAUCUGGAUUGGCGUUUGUACGGGUUUCAUCUUUGGUGCCCUUCUGGAAUUUGCACUUGUCAAUUGGGCGCUUCACAAGGACAUCAAGUACAAGAAUCGGCUGAGGAAACAGGCCACUUCCUUGUUGGACAUGUAAGUGUUCUUCUAGCUUAAAAUAUCAAAGACGUUUCUCAAAAAAUUGCUCAUCGCUUUCGAUGGCCUGAGAAAAUUAUCAAAUUUUCCUAAAAUUUUAGGCAUACUCGCCACAUGGUGCGUCCAGAUACCAACAGUGAUAAUCCGCAGGAAGCUGACACCGCGAGGAGUUUUAUCGGAAUGUUCCAAUGGUAUCAGCUGAUGAAGAGGAUCCGCCACAAGGAGAAAAGCCAGAAGAUUGACAUUGUAGCAAGGGUUGCGUUUCCAGUCGCAUUUUUGCUUUUCAAUUUGAUCGUAAGUUCACAGAGUCAGCAAAAAGUUCCCGUAAAACUUACAACAAACAAGCAGGAGAAAUUGUUUUACAAGGAAAGUACUUUUAUGGGGGCUCCUACUUUUUGACGGGACAUACCUCAAAAAAUCAGAAAAAAUGUGCUGAUUAAGGAUAUAUAAAUCUUAGCUGCCCAUUUUGGGCUUUUAGGGGUGAAAAUGCCCAAAAACUGGCUCAAUUUCCCUACAAAAGGCGCAUGCAUUCGAAACGAUAAAAAGCACAGUCGGUCUCUUCCUUCGGAAGAGAGCGGUGUGGCCGAGUGGUUAGUGCCGUAGUCUGGGAAUCAAGAGGGGGAACGCCGCACGGGUUCGACUUCCCUUUUGGGCCGAAUCAACUUUUUUUGAAGUGAAGGUUGGAAAAAUAAAUUUUUGUGCCAAGACUGAUUUAUUACGUAUUAGAAUCUCAAUAAACAUCAUUUUAAGCCAAAAUAAAAUUUGUAAACCCGUGCAAAAUUAAGCGAAAAGGGGUUCAUAUAGGACUUUAAGUCAACUUUCAAUUGAGUUUUCACCCCUAAAAACCUAAAAUGGGCAUCACCAUUUGCGGUUACGACAAAGAUUUUUUGAUCGAAAUUUCGUAAAAAUUCAAAAAAUUCUUUGCUCCUGGAUGGAAGAGGGAGUUGGCUUCCUCAGGUGAUGGACAACAUUUAUACAAAAAGUCAAUCAACUUUCCUAGCGAAAUUCGCAAAGUUUCGGCCAAAAACAGCUUUUCCUCUGGCUGCUCUGCAGACUGUACAUUCAGUCCGGAAGACACAGCAAACUUAAAAAAAACUGAAGAAAAAAAUCUUAGCGCUUCCUUGUUAGCUUGCCAUUACAAAAGACGCUCACAAUCAGCCUCAUUGCAAUCUACGUAUUAAAAUCCAAGGACCUUUGGAUUACCCCAUUCUGAUAACAUAUUCCCAAGAAUGGGACUUUUUCAGUUCCUCCGAGCUUAUCACCCUUUCUUUUUUCAUUCCAAACAUCUUAUCCUCCCCCUUUUUCAGUACUGGGCGUAUUAUCUGACGCCGUAUCUGGCGGUCCGUUCGACGACUCGUGUUUCUUCCGCCAAGGAUUUAUGA